AGUACUUUGUGAUGGCCAUGUGAGACGUGGUUGUUUUUAUCUUCGCGAGGGAUGGCGGCGAUGUAAUGCUGGUAGCAAGUUGAUUGCUUGUUUGUGCAUGUGACACAGUGGUACAUUUUGUAUCCUCCAAUUGAAGUCUGUUGAGAGCAAGCGCAGACAAAUACAAUGCCACCUCAAACUGCUGAAGUUCCUAAAGAGGAACCAGCUGACACAACACCUGCAGGAAUAAAGGCUGUUCUUUUAGGACCACCGGGCUCCGGCAAGGGCACACAGGCUCCACUACUUAGGAACAAAUAUUGUGUGUGUCAUCUGUCGACUGGCGAUAUGCUGCGUGCAGAAAUAUCCUCUGGCUCCCUUCUGGGAAAACAGCUGAAGAAAACAAUGGAUGAAGGAAAACUUGUAAGUGAUGAGCUUGUUGUUAAUCUGAUUGACACUAAUCUUGAUCGUCCAGAAUGUAAAAAUGGGUUUCUUUUAGACGGUUUUCCAAGAACUGUCCCACAGGCAGAGAAGCUGGAUAAACUACUGGAGAAAAGAAAUACUGCACUAGAUGCUGUUGUGGAAUUCAGUAUUGAUGACAAUUAUCUGGUCCGAAGAAUUACAGGCCGGCUAAUACAUCCAGAAAGUGGUCGUUCGUAUCAUGAAGAAUUUCAUCCUCCAAAAGUUCCCAUGAAAGAUGAUUUAACAGGUGAACCACUGAUACGUCGCUCAGAUGAUAAUGUUGAAGCGCUGAAAAAACGUCUAGAAGCCUACCAUAAGCAGACGAAGCCACUGGUAGACUAUUACAGCUUGAGAGGUAUACAUCACAGGAUUGAUGCCUCCAAAUCUGCUUCAGAGGUCUUUGAUAGCAUUGAUAAAAUAUUUCUUCGUUCUUCCAGAAGCAAGGAUAAAGUUAUGUUUGUAUAAGGAACAUUCGUAGGACAAUGCUGUAAUUUUAAUGAUGAAGUAUAUCCUGUUAUUGAGAAUUUAAGCCAUAUAGAAGCUGAUGGGAGUCAAAAUUUUAUUAUUCAUGCAGGUAACUUUUUAAGUUACAAACAUGACCAUUUCUGUCAAAGCUAUCGCACUGCCAUGCACAAUUAAGACUUGCAGUGUCUCUUAUAUACAUAUAUUUUAGUUUUGAUUGCCUGUCACUAUCUCCUAACAUUCAAAAAGUGAGAAAUAUUUUUCCAUGUUUAUAGUAACGUUAUUUUAUUACUGGUCACAUCAAAAACAUAUUAUGCGAGAACCCGUGAUACCUGAAGCAUAUUGUGAGUUUGUUGUUAGACAGUGAAUGAAGGAUUUUUCAACUGUAUGAUAAUUUACUUUUUGGUCUGUGAAAGUUUCUCUUUAAUUUACACAAGAUUGUACUUGCCAGGCCUCAGAUAUGACUUGUUUUGCUGAUAUUAACUGUAUUGCUCCCACAAACUAAUGUGCACUCAAUCUGUGAAUCUGUAGUAAAUGAAAGCAUAGGGAUAUCUUUCUAUGAAACUUUGCUCAGUUUAAAAUAAAAUUAAGAAAUGACAGCAGUUGUAGAACUAAUCAUUAAAUUUUAGUUCCAAUAUUUCAAUUUGGUUGGUAGUCACUGUGAAUACUAAAUAAAAAAAUGUACAGUCGAGUGAUUAUGUGUAAUGAAGGGACUAAGACAUGAGUCACGCAAUGAUCCAUGUUUACCAUUGUUCAGCGAAGGGCUCUUCUGACAUUAUUUGUACCUGUUAUGUGGGAAAUGGUGUAAAAGUAUCUGAUAAAAUAAAAUGUAUCAGUGCUUCUUUUUACUAA